GCUCGGUUUUCCGUCUUCUUGUUUCUUUGGGUUAGCUUGCGCAGAGCUUUCCUCUGUUAAACCGAUAAGGUGAACGCUGACGCUGGAGUCUAUGACCGUAUAACGUAUACGAGCAAAUGGACGCUAUGCCAGAUAAGGGAGAACUGAUCUGAGACAGAGAUAGGGAGAGAGAGUAAGGAGGGAGGAAGAGCAAGCAGCGAGCACAGCUAGGUGCUCCAGGCAUGGCUUCAUUAACUAAUUUGCCGCCACAUACCCACCCUCGCACAAACCCUGUGUCCUUCCACUUUUCCCCGGCAGUUCCUUCUUUCCGUUUCCGUCGGAACGUAUCCUUGCUACACACUCGUCUCUGCGCCCUCAACACGGGUUCUGACGCCGAUAAUUUGCUCAGGAAGCCCGUCGUUUCUCCCGGUAAGGACAUCUCUGAAAUUUUGGAAGAAGAUCAGGACAGCGGCGUAAAGAGGGCCUUUGACGAUGUCAGUGAACACGAGAGAUGGGUUGAUUGGGAGGACCAGAUUUUGGAGGAUACUGUUCCUUUGGUUGGUUUUGUGAGGAUGAUUCUUCAUUCUGGAAAAUAUGAAAGUGGAGAUAGACUGAUUCCAGAGCACGAGAAUACCAUUCUUGAGAAACUCCUUCCCUUUCAUCCAGAAUUCGAGAAGAAGAAAGGAUGUGGAAUUGAUUACAUAACGUGCUUGUGUUCGGUCCUCGUAUUUAUGAAUUCUGAAGGUUUGGUUGGAUAUCACCCCAACUUUGAAAGAUCUAGGUGUUUAUUCAUAGUACGAAAAGAUGGGGAGCUGGUUGACUUUUCAUAUUGGAAAUGCAUCAAAGGUUUGAUCAGAAAGAAUUAUCCAUUAUAUGCUGACAGUUUCAUUCUCAGACAUUUCCGGCGGCGCAGGCGUAAUUUUUGAAGUUGCCAAUGUCUAGUUUCUUGUUGCUGGGUUGGAUGCCAUUUGAAGGCGCCGCUGAAAGAUGGAACAUGGCGAGAAAAUAUUGUUCAGCUGAGGGGAGGGAAUAGACUUUAGCAGUUAAUUAUUUGAAAGAUGGCGAUAAUGCUGGAAAGUGAAAAUUACUCUCCUCUAUUGUUGAUAAUUCUCAUUUGAAUAUUAAUUUUUUGCAAUGCAGAUUAUGUAUAUAGGGGUAUGGAUUUUGUUAAUUGACAAUAGCUUCAGUGAGAUUGUAUGAGGAAGUUUUUCAAUUUUGAGAUUUGUUUUAA